GAAGAAUCACCGAAAUGACCAGCUAGGGCUUCUGUUGCGCUUUCUAAAGGGGUCAGGACAUCGCGGGCAGGUGACCGGCCAGCUGCGGGAACCCUGCUUGGGACUUGCUAAUAGCGGGUCUUUGGGUCAUCGAAUACCGAAACUACCAGGAUUCGGCGAAAUUAUCUUUCGCAACCCCUUUCUAGAGCUGUGGGGAAAUCGAGGUCCAAGAAGCGGUAGGGGUUGCCUAAGGUAAUCCAGUGAGUUAGUCGCAGCCCUGCGAGUAGAAUCCAAGUCUCCCUGAGCUCCAGUGGCUUUUUCCUUUUCACCACACUGCCUCCUGCAGAAAACUUGACAGUUACCAUGUCCACGCAGAGACUUCGGAACGAGGACUACCGUGACUACAGCUCCACCGACGUGAGCCCAGAGGAGAGUCCGUCCGAAGGCCUGAACAACUUCUCUUCCACGGGAUCGUACCAGCGGUUCGGGGAAAGCAACAGCACAACAUGGUUCCAGACCCUGAUCCACCUAUUAAAAAGCAACAUUGGCACAGGACUCCUGGGGCUGCCUCUGGCCGUGAAAAAUGCAGGCAUCUUGAUGGGUCCCCUCAGCCUGCUGGUGAUAGGCCUCGUGGCUGUGCACUGCAUGGGUAUCCUGGUGAAGUGCGCUCACCACUUCUGCCACAGACUGAACAAGCCCUUUGUGGACUAUGGGGAUACGGUGAUGUACGGCCUGGAAGCCAGCCCCAUCUCCUGGCUCCGGAACAACGCCCACUGGGGAAGGCACACUGUGGACUUCUUCCUAAUCGUCACGCAGCUGGGAUUCUGCUGUGUCUAUUUUGUCUUUCUGGCUGACAACUUCAAACAGGUGAUAGAAGCAGCCAAUGGUACCACCACCAACUGCCACAACAAUGAGACGGUGAUUCUGACGCCCACCAUGGACUCGAGGCUCUACAUGCUCGCCUUCCUGCCCUUCCUGGUGCUUCUGGUGUUCGUUAGAAACCUCCGAGCCCUGUCCAUCUUCUCCCUGUUGGCCAACAUCACCAUGGUGGUCAGCCUGGUUAUGAUCUACCAGUUCAUUGUUCAGGUAUGACCCCAGGCUCCCCGCUCCACCUAUUAAAUAAUCAGAGAAACAAAGAAAGUGAGUAAGUGGAACAUAAAUAGGGGUUUGUUACUUAUGAGCAGUGUACUUAGGUUAGGGCUUCUCAGCGUGGGCACUGUUGACGUUUGGGCCGGAUAACCCUUUGUUGUGGGGCUGUUCUGUGCAUCGCGGGAUGUUUAGCAGCCUCCUGGUCUCU